CGCCGGAGCCCCCGAUGCCCUCUCCGGUGCCCUCCCCGCCCCCGGCCCGCCCCGGGGGUGUCCCCGGCAGCGAGUCCCGCCCAGGGAGCGGCGGAGCCGGGGCGGCCCCCGGGGCUGCCUCCGCCCUCAGCCCGCCUCCGGCUCCGCCGCUCCAUCCCGGGACGGGCCGGCCGCGCUGACAGUCGGGCUCGGCGGCCGCCGCGGGAGCAUCAGCCGGGCAGCGCCCGCCGCUCCUGCCCGCGCCCACCUGCGGCGGGGGCUGCCCUGGGCGUGGGGCGGCGGGGGCGCUGCCGCCGCCGGCUCCGCGCAGUCCCACCCCGCCUGCCCUCCAGGAUGAGCCCGGAGUAUUCUCUGCGCUCCUUGCUGCUCAUCAUCCUCGCCACCUUCUCGGCCAACGCCAGCAACUGGCUGUACCUGGCAAAGCUGUCUUCAGUGGGGAGCAUCUCCGAGGAGGAGACCUGCGAGAAGCUGAAGGGCUUGAUCCAGCGCCAGGUGCAGAUGUGCAAGAGAAACCUGGAGGUGAUGGACUCGGUGCGACGCGGAGCCCAGCUGGCCAUUGAGGAGUGCCAGUACCAAUUCCGCAACCGCCGCUGGAACUGCUCCACACUGGACACCCUGCCUGUCUUUGGCAAGGUGGUGACGCAAGGGACACGAGAGGCAGCGUUCGUCUAUGCCAUCUCUUCAGCAGGGGUGGCCUUUGCUGUGACCCGCGCCUGCAGCAGUGGCGAGCUGGACAAGUGUGGAUGUGACCGCACAGUGCAAGGGGGCAGCCCACAGGGCUUCCAGUGGUCGGGCUGCUCCGAUAACAUCGCCUAUGGUGUGGCCUUCUCGCAGUCCUUCGUCGACAUCCGUGAGAGAAGCAAAGGGGCCUCUUCCAACAGAGCAUUAAUGAACCUCCACAACAACGAGGCAGGGAGGAAGGCAAUCCUGAACAACAUGCGCGUGGAAUGUAAGUGUCAUGGUGUGUCAGGCUCAUGCGAAUUCAAGACAUGCUGGAAAGCCAUGCCCCCCUUCCGCAAAGUGGGCAACGUCCUGAAGGAGAAAUUUGAUGGUGCCACAGAGGUCGAACAGAGCGAGAUUGGAUCCACCAAAGUGCUGGUGCCCAAAAACUCCCAGUUCAAGCCACACACAGAUGAGGAUCUCGUCUACCUAGACUCCAGUCCUGACUUCUGUGACCAUGACCUCAAGAAUGGGGUCCUGGGCACCAGUGGGCGGCAGUGCAACAAGACCUCCAAGGCCAUCGACGGCUGCGAGCUGAUGUGUUGUGGCCGUGGCUUUCACACGGACGAAGUGGAGGUUGUGGAAAGGUGCAGCUGCAAAUUCCACUGGUGCUGCUCCGUUAAGUGCAAACCCUGCCAUCGGGUGGUGGAGAUCCACACAUGUCGGUGAUGCACGGGGGAGCGCGCACAUCUGUAUCCUCUUUAACUGACCCUGCUUCUCCCUUGCCCCACAGCCAGGACUGAGGAAGUGACAAUGAUACUGCUGGGAGAGCACAGCUCUUUACAGAGACAGAACCACAGAGAAAAACAGAUUUUAAAGAAAAAAAUAUUUAAAGUUUAAAAAACCUGAUCACUGUUGGCUUUUUUUAUUUUGUUUUGUCUGCUUUGCUGUAUGUAUUGCUGAAGCCAGAGCCCCUUGGUGUCCUGUGCCGGCAGACAUGUUUACGCUCUGGCUGUCUGGGAACCUUGAUGCCAGCUCCAUCGGAUGGGCUCCUGCUGCUUUUGGAGUGCUGCAGACAGAAGUGUUUAAGGCAAGGGUAGUACAGCAUUUGAAAUCUU